CGCAGCCCAGUCCCGCCGGCUCCGCUCUCCGCAGCUUCCUGCUCCCGCCAGGCCGGGUCAGAGCCGAGCAUGGAACCCGGGGAGUCCCGGGAGCCCCGCGAGCCCGGGCCGGGAGCAGAGACCGCCGCGGCCCCGCACUGGGAGGAAGCCAAGACUUUCUAUGACAACCUCGCGCCCCAGAAGAAACCCAAAUCGCCCAAGCCUCAGAAUGCCGUCACCAUCGCUGUGUCCUCCCGAGCCCUGUUCCGCAUGGACGAGGAGCAGCGGAUCUACACGGAGCAAGGUGUGGAGGAAUAUGUGCGCUACCAGCUGGAACAUGAGAACGAGCCCUUCAGCCCUGGACCAGCCUUCCCCUUCGUGAAGGCUCUGGAGGCUGUGAACAGGCGGCUGCGGGAGCUGUACCCUGAGAGUGAGGACCUCUUCGACAUCGUCCUGGUGACCAACAACCACGCUCAAGUGGGUGUCCGUCUCAUCAACAGCAUCAACCACUAUGACCUGUUCAUUGAGAGGUUCUGCAUGACAGGCGGCAACAGCCCCAUCUGCUACCUCAAGGCCUAUCACACCAACCUCUACCUGUCGGCUGAUGCAGAAAAAGUGCAGGAAGCCAUUGAUGAAGGGAUCGCAGCGGCCACCAUCUUCAGCCCCAGCAGGGACGUGGCUGUGUCCCAGAGUCAGCUGCGCGUGGCCUUCGACGGGGACGCUGUGCUUUUCUCGGACGAGUCGGAACGCAUCGUGAAGGCCCAUGGGCUGGACAGGUUCUUUGAGCAUGAGAAGGCCCACGAGAACAAGCCUUUGGCCCAGGGCCCCUUAAAGGGCUUCCUGGAGGCACUGGGGAGACUGCAGAAGAAGUUCUACUCUAAGGGCCUGCGACUGGAGUGUCCAAUCCGCACGUACUUGGUGACAGCACGCAGUGCAGCCAGCUCGGGGGCCCGGGCUCUCAAGACCCUGCGCAGCUGGGGCCUGGAGACGGAUGAGGCCCUGUUCCUUGCAGGAGCACCCAAGGGUCCCCUUCUGGAGAAGAUCCGCCCGCAUAUCUUCUUUGAUGACCAGAUGUUCCACGUGGCUGGGGCUCAGGAGAUGGGCACGGUGGCCGCCCAUGUGCCUUAUGGUGUGGCUCAGACAUCCCGGCGGACCUCACCUACGAAGCAGGCCCCCCCUGCACAGUAGCUGAGCCACCAGCCUCGCUGACCCGCAGGCAUGGUUCCCUGUCCUACACGUCACCCAAUGGACCCUUCUGGUUCCUCAUCUCUCCGCCCUUCUGCAUGUCUGCCCUCAUCCCUGGGAGUGAGGUACCUGUAGGAAACUGUGCAGAUGGGGCCAGCAUCCUCACCAGCCCUCCUUUUAGGCAAAUACUGUGCCAUGAUCCUGAUCUUACUCAGAAAGUAAGACUGUGCAGAGUAGCUGAGUUUCGGAGGGAAGUUGAUGAGACUGAGGGUGGGAGAGUCAGAGCAGCCAGGAUGCCUCAAGGGGGCCUUCUGAAACUAGCUCAGUGUAGUACAAAGAGGUGGGAUCUGGCUCCUAAGCUCUGUCUUGGCAUUAAGUGUAUGACUUUAAGUUCCUUUGCAAGGGACUCUAGGAUGAGGUGACCCCCUGACGUGCACUGGUGAACACUCCAUCCUUGAAGGAGCCCCUGCAGCCCCUUUGUCACCAUUUCCUGGGGGAGAAUGCUCACUGCUUGAUGAGUCAGUUUCCCUAUCUUUUGGGUGGUUUUCAAUUUAGCUAAAGAAGCUUGGUUUUUAUAAGAUCGCCCUCUUUGAAGGAAGCAUGGUGUGCCGGGGCUGCUGCUGAUACAUACGGCGCUUUUGUACAAGUUAUAGAAGGACGAGGUCUUUGGAAUGAAUUAUGAAAAGGGAACCCUCCCUGUGAACUGACCCAGACCACACUGGGGUACACAGCUUGGAUAGCAGGAUAUAGGCUGGAUUUCAGCCCCCACUGGCUCCUCAGCCCAGAAGCCUUUGUCAAAUGGGCAAGACGCACAAUCAUCCACAGCCACUUCCCUACGGUUUUACACGUUUGGGAACCACUGGACUAGAUGACCUGUCUGCUUGAUCCCCUGACUCAUCAAGGGUCAGCAGAAAGGUGCUGUGUUUGUGGAAGGAGUGAGGGAGUGAAUUUAACUUGCAUGCAAACUCGCCUAUGGCCAGCAGGGGGCACUGCCGGAUCAGUGCUUCCUUUGCUGUUGUUUUUUAGCCAAAUUUAAUUUGUUCCUCCCUGCCAACUCCCUCAUCUCAGCCCCUACUCCCUCAGCGAUUGUAUCCUGCUGUGCUGCCAAGCAGCCCUGUUGGUGAAGGAAGAAGUGGAGAAUUGGUGUUUACCGUUGUGAGCUCAAAUGCAGGGACGAAAUCUCAAUGACUGAAGUGGGAGGUCAAUCCAGGAUUAGCCUGAGGGAAGGCCUGCCUGGGGUGAUGUAGAAAGUGCGAAGAGGUCUGGUUUGGGCCGUGACUGGCUAGUGAGGAAGGAGCUGAAAUGUGCACUAGCAAGAGUCUCCAGCUAUGGGAUUCUGAGUGGAAGUGGUGACCUCUUUGUCUCUCAAGAUGCUGGGCAAGGGACUCCAGGACGAGGUGACUGGUGAACUUGCAGGAGCCCCUACAGCACUUUUGUCACCACGUACAGGAGAGAACUCUCAUUUCUGGAUGAAUCAGCCUCUUCCUUUGCUGACCAGCCUGGCUCUCUCUGGAGAGAAGGUGGGACCUCCAGUGAUUAAUCCCAUGGGAAGACCCAAAGGGGUAAGCAGACAUCAGUGGUGGGGACUGAUUGUCUAGUUCCCCAGGGGGAAUCCCAGCUAUGAGCAACUACUUUAUGAAGAAAGUGGAGGUGUGUGCAGGGAGCUGGAAUGCUUCUGGGGGCAUCACUCUGGGAAAGGAGUGAUGGGCAAUGUGGAGCCUGUCCUUUGUCCUUCUGUCCGAAGGGCCCAGGUUCUGAGCAGGGUAGGGCAUAGUAGCAGAGUCAGAAAAAUAACCCAGGAGGGAGAACAAAGUGAGAAGACUGAGGUGGCUCUGGAAAUGAGCAACAGUUGGUGUGAGAAGAGGCCUGGACUCAGCUGGCCUUCUGAGUGCUGGAGCAGCCAGGAGUCUGACUGUGGGGAGGAGGAGUAAGGCUGUGCCGGGGAUGGGGAGCAGAGGGGUGCUGAGGCAGCCCUGCUGAUGCUUUAUCAGGGAAUGGGCAAGUGAUAAGGAUGUCCUUGCACAAGGUCAUUCCCAUCCACAGCCAGGCCCCUUCCAGCCAACAGAGGAGGCGUCCGGUCAGAGGACCUGGUUUGGAGCUCUUUCCUCUGCCGAAGCUCUCAGCCCAGCCAGAGAUAUGGCAAGACCUGAGGACAGCCUCAAGUAGAUGAAAAGGAAGUAAGAGAAGGAGCUCAACCCCAAUCACCUUUGAUCUUGGCUGAACCAUACCAAGGCCUUCUGCCUCGCUCCCUCUGGGGUCAGAAUCACCACUUGGAUGAGCCUCCGGGGCUCUCAGCUGGUAGCCGUGAGAGGCCUGAGAGGCUGGGCACAACCAAGGCUCACUGCUCGGACUCGGCUGAGGGACCAGGGUGGACACGUGCACUUCGAGGGCAGCACCAGAUGUCACCUAAUUAAGAAACACCCCAGGGACUCUGAAGAGGUCCUGCCUCUACGGCCUCAUGAUCAUAGGGCUGAUUCUCCCAGGGCUCUCAGGAAGCAGGAAGAUAUGAUGUGGAAAGCAGCAAGAUAAGGUGCAGUAAAAGCUAUCUAUUUCACUGGAGCACUGUUAAUAGACUCGGACAGCCCUGGGCAAUGAGAGACACAAGGGUCCAAAUUCUAUAAUUGAAACCAUAAAUGAGCAUUUCAGGACUGGAAAAGAGCUUUCAGUGGCUGCAAUAAACGGCCAGAAGUCCUGGGGGCAGGCUGAGGCAGCUGCCAGACACACCUGAUUGUUUCAAGUGGUGAGGAGGUGUGCUGGGGAGAAGAGUGUUUAUUGUGUCAGCAGGCAAAUUAAAAGUGAACGUGAAAGAGGAGAGUGAAAAAAGCUGGCUUAAAACUCAACAUUCAAAAAACGAAAAUCCGGUCCCAUUCCAAAAACGGUGUCCGGUCCCAUCACUUCAUGGCAAAUAAAUAGGGAAACAAUGGAAACAGUGACAGACUUUGUU